CGUUCCCGGGUGCGUAAAGCUACCAAUGAAGCCUUGCCAUCAUCGGCCGACUCGCUCUUUGAUAGAUUAAAGUGGAUAAAACGCGCAAAAGCCCGGCGCGCGUGAAAUUAUCGCCGAUCGACCGCUGCGAACUCCUUCUAAAGCGUGCAGCUAUCGCCUCCCAACGCCGCAACGCUCGCUACUGUUCUUCUUUGCUUCUUCCUACGUCUUGCUGCACCUUUACUGGCGACUGCUAUUCUCUCACUUUGCCCUCGAUAGUUGCGACGGCUCCCUCUGCGUCUGAUUUGCGUCUGCUUGCGCAUCCCAAACACCACGAAUCGCAGCCCUUGCGUACCUGAACACCCCGGAACCGAGGCGCUGCCACCGCCACCCCGGCCAUCCUUCACCAUGGAUAUCGUCCUCGAAAUAGCAGAUACUUUCCUCUUCGACCCUUUUUAUGCCACUCUGCUCCCAGCACAUGCACCAUCCCUCAAGGCCAAUGCGACUUUCUCGAGUCCGAGACACGAGCCAACCAGCUACGCCAUCCCCCACGCGACCUGGCAGUACGAGCCCUCCACCAAAUAUUUCUCAAUUGAGCCCUCCAAAUAUGCCUACAUGAGCCAAUGGUCUCGCGAUGACUGGCAGAGACAGGCAUUGUCCCUGUACUUGAUUACAUGGCUGUUCGGUGUCCUCGUUUACUAUGUCUUCGCAAGCGCCUCGUACUUCUUCGUCUUCGACAAAGCCACCUUCGCCCACCCAAGAUACCUCAAGAACCAGAUCAAGAUGGAGAUGAAGCAAGCCAAUAUCGCCUUCCCCAUCAUGGCCAUCUUCACCGUGCCCUGGUUCCUACUUGAAGUGCGCGGCUACGCAAAGCUGUACGAUACCACAGCCGAGGGCCCAGGACGGUGGUACAACUACCUACAGUUCCCCAUCUUCGUCACCUUUACAGAUCUGUGCAUCUACUGGAUCCACCGCGGACUGCACCACCCCAAGGUCUACAAGCACGUCCACAAGCCCCACCACAAGUGGAUCAUGCCCACUCCCUUCGCCUCGCACGCCUUCCACCCCCUGGAUGGCUAUGUCCAAGGUCUACCGUACCAUAUCUUCCCCUUCCUGUUCCCUCUGUCCAAGUUCGCCUAUGUUGCCCUAUUCAUCUUCGUUAACAUCUGGACCGUGCUGAUUCACGACGGCGAGUAUGCGCACAACUCUCCCAUCAUCAAUGGCGCCGCCUGCCACACCAUGCACCAUUUGUACUUCAACUACAACUACGGCCAGUUCACCACUCUUUGGGACCGACUGGGUGGCAGCUACAGGAGGCCCAAUGAUGAGCUGUUCCAGAAGGAGCUCAAGACAUGCCAAAGCGAGUGGAAGAGGCAAGCCAAGGCCGUAGAUGAAAUGGUUCAACAGGUGGAGGGUGAGGACGAUCGCAAGUACUUACCCAAUGAGCCCAAGAAGGUCCGUUAAACAUGGCACGUCCAUGGAGCCAGAGUAGACGUUGGCUCAUCACUGAGAUGCCGUUAUGAAAAAUGAUGGGCGGAGAGAAACCGCACCAGCAUACGGUUGCUGCGCAAUCAUAUUGUUAGGUGUUGACGAGUUUCGCUGUGUAUAUACCGUUCUUCGCCCUCGCUGCAUUAUAACUUUUGGGAUAUAAGGCGCGCCGCGGCGGCUGCCUCACUUGUAAUAAUUCGGAGCUUAGAUGCAUAACGUCCCGGCCAAAUUUGGAACGACGUUAGGAAGG